UUUAGGGUUGAGUUUCCAAAAAUAAAGCCUCCAUCCUUCAAGUUUCACUCUCCUUAAAUCUUACCAACACAACACUCCAGGACUCCAACUGAGGCGGAAAAGAAGGUGGAAGAAGAGAAAGAAUGAAUUCAUCCAAGUCGCCUUCAUCACAAUGCACAGGAAGACUAUUUUUCUCUUCCCAAGUGUUCUUAUGGACUGUUGCUGGGGUUGCCAUGCUAUUACUCAGUGCCUGUUUUAUCACUAAAUGUGUUGUGACAUAUCACAUCCUUCAACUCUGUGAUGAGAAAGAAUUCCAGCCACGAGAUGAUUGGAUGGCACCCUCCUGCUACAAUGAUGGAUCAGGUUCAGUCAAGAAUUGCUGUCCACUGAAUUGGUUAUAUUUUCAAGUUAGCUGCUACUUCUUUUCUACGAACACACUGACCUGGACAUUAAGUGUAAAAAACUGCUCAGACAUGGGAGCUCAUCUGGUGGUUAUCAACACUGAGGAGGAGCAGAAAUUCCUUUUCCAUGCAAAACCUAGAGGCAAAGAGUUUUAUAUUGGACUGACAGACAAGAGGCAUGAGAAUCAAUGGGAAUGGGUAGAUGGCACACCUUUCAACCAGUCUCUCAGCUUCUGGGAUGCAGGAGAGCCUAACAACUUAGCUACUGUUGAGGACUGUGCCACCAUAAGAGACUCUUCAAACCCAAGGCAAAAUUGGAAUGAUGUGCCCUGUUUCUUCAAUCUGUUCCGGAUCUGUGAAAUGCCACAAACAAAUAUUUGAAUAAAGAAAAAAAUCUCUUUGACAAGAAGGCACACCUAAAUGAAGAGGAAUAAGAGCAAGAAAUUGGCUACAGCCCCAACAGGAGAGAAGUGUGCAUUGCAUUUCAUGAGAAC